GCCGCCGCCGCCGCCGCCGCCGCCGCCGCCGCGCCUGCUGCGAGAUGGCGAUCUUGGGCGCGGAAGGGUGAGGGCGCCCCGCCGCUGGAGUGGCCGCCCGACCGCCGGGAGCCGACGGCUUUGCGCCGGGUUUGUCUCCUCACUAGACUAUGAGCUCCUUGAAAGAAGGAAUCGUGUCUUACUCAUCUUUAUAUCCCCAGUGUCUAGCACAGUUCCUGGUACAUAUUUCUAGUGCCAAACUAAAAAGAAAAAAGAACUGGUUUGGAACGGCAAUAUAUACAGAAGUAGUUGUAGAUGGAGAAAUUAAGAAAACAGCAAAAUCCAGUAGUUCUUCCAAUCCAAAAUGGGAUGAACAGAUAACCGUAAAUGUGACCCCACAGACUACAUUGGAAUUUCGAGUUUGGAGUCAUUAUACUUUAAAAGCAGAUGCUUUAUUAGGAAGAGCAACAAUAGAUCUGAAACAAGCUCUGUUAAUGCACAAUAGAAAAUUGGAAAGAGUAAAAGAACAAUUAAAACUUUCUUUGGAAAACAAGAAUGGCAUAGUCCAAACUGGUGAAUUAACAGUUGUGCUCGAUGGACUGACGAUUGAACAAGAAAAUCUAACAAACUGCAGCUCAUCUCCAACCAUAGAAAUACAGCAAAAUGGUGAUGCCUUACAUGAAAAUGGAGAGCCUUCAGCAAGACCAACCUCCAGGUUGGCUGUUGAAGGUACCAAUGGAAUAGAUAAUCAUGUACCCACAAGCACUCUAGCUCAAAACGCAUGCUGUUCAUAUGUAGUUAAUGGAGACAACACGCCUUCAUCUCCGUCUCAGGUUGCUGCCAGACCCAAAAAUGCACCAGCUCCAAAACCACUCACAUCUGAGCCUGCCAAUGACACUGUUAAUGGAGAAUCAUCCUCAUCUGCACCAACUGAUAAUGCUUCCGUCAUGGGUACUGCAAUAGUAUCUGAAGAAACCGCCUUGUCUUCAAAUUGCACUAAUACUACUGUUGAAGAUCCUCCAGUUCAAGAAAUACUGGCUUCCUCAGAAAACAAUGAAUGUAUUCUUUCUAACAGUGCAGCAUUUGGAUCUGAAGCUAGAAGUACUUUAGACCCUGCUGCCUCUAAUUCUGGAAAUAAUUCUGCUUUUGAGGCAGCCAAAUUAAGACAGCCAGAUGGGUGUGUGGAACCUGUAAGGCAACAGUCUGGAAAUACCAACACAGAAACUUUGCCAUCAGGGUGGGAACAGAGAAAGGAUCCUCAUGGUAGAACUUAUUAUGUGGAUCAUAACACUCGAACGACUACAUGGGAGAGGCCUCAACCUUUACCUCCAGGUUGGGAAAGAAGAGUUGAUGAUCGUGGCAGAGUUUAUUAUGUGGAUCAUAACACCAGAACAACGACCUGGCAGCGGCCUACCAUGGAGUCUGUUAGAAACUUUGAGCAAUGGCAGUCUCAGCGGAAUCAGCUGCAGGGAGCUAUGCAACAGUUCAACCAGCGAUACCUCUAUUCGGCUUCAAUGUUAGCUGCAGAAAAUGACCCAUACGGGCCUUUGCCACCAGGCUGGGAAAAAAGAGUGGAUUCAACCGACAGGGUUUACUUUGUGAAUCAUAACACAAAAACAACCCAGUGGGAAGAUCCAAGAACUCAAGGCUUACAGAAUGAAGAACCCCUGCCAGAAGGCUGGGAAAUUAGGUAUACUCGGGAAGGUGUUAGAUACUUUGUUGAUCAUAAUACAAGAACAACAACAUUCAAAGAUCCUCGCAAUGGAAAAUCAUCCGUAACUAAAGGUGGUCCACAGAUUGCUUAUGAACGCAGCUUUAGAUGGAAACUUGCUCACUUCCGUUAUUUGUGCCAGUCUAAUGCACUACCCAGUCAUGUAAAGAUCAAUGUGUCCCGGCAGACACUGUUCGAAGAUUCCUUCCAACAGAUUAUGGCAUUAAAACCCUAUGACUUGAGAAGGCGAUUAUAUGUAAUAUUUAGAGGAGAAGAAGGACUUGAUUAUGGUGGUCUAGCAAGAGAAUGGUUUUUCUUGCUUUCACAUGAAGUUUUGAACCCCAUGUAUUGCCUAUUUGAGUAUGCUGGCAAGAACAACUAUUGUCUACAAAUAAAUCCAGCAUCAACCAUUAAUCCAGACCAUCUCUCAUACUUCUGUUUUAUUGGUCGCUUUAUUGCUAUGGCACUUUUUCAUGGGAAGUUUAUUGAUACUGGUUUCUCUUUACCAUUCUACAAGCGUAUGCUAAGUAAAAAACUGACUAUUAAGGAUUUGGAAUCUAUUGAUACUGAAUUUUAUAACUCCCUUAUCUGGAUAAGAGACAACAACAUUGAAGAAUGUGGCUUAGAAAUGUACUUUUCUGUUGACAUGGAAAUUUUGGGAAAGGUUACUUCACAUGACCUGAAGCUGGGAGGUUCCAAUAUCCUGGUGACUGAGGAGAACAAAGAUGAAUAUAUUGGUUUAAUGACGGAGUGGCGUUUUUCUCGAGGAGUGCAGGAACAGACCAAAGCUUUCCUUGAUGGUUUCAAUGAAGUUGUCCCUCUUCAGUGGCUUCAGUACUUUGAUGAAAAAGAAUUGGAGGUUAUGUUGUGUGGCAUGCAGGAAGUUGAUUUGGCAGAUUGGCAGAGAAAUACUGUUUAUCGACAUUAUACAAGAAACAGCAAGCAAAUCAUUUGGUUUUGGCAGUUUGUGAAGGAGACAGACAAUGAAGUGAGGAUGCGACUAUUACAGUUUGUCACUGGAACCUGCCGGUUACCUCUAGGAGGAUUUGCUGAGCUCAUGGGAAGUAAUGGGCCUCAAAAAUUUUGCAUUGAAAAAGUUGGCAAAGACACCUGGUUACCAAGAAGCCACACAUGUUUUAAUCGCUUGGAUCUACCACCAUAUAAGAGUUAUGAACAACUAAAGGAAAAACUUCUUUUUGCAAUAGAAGAAACAGAGGGAUUUGGACAAGAAUGAAUGUGGCUUCUUGUCUUGGAGGAGCUCUUGCAUUUAAAUACCCCAGCCAAGAAAAAUUGCACAGAUAGUGUAUAUAAGCUGUUCAUUCUGUACAGUGAAUUUUCUGAACCUCUCAAAGUAUAAAUGUUUUCCGUUCUUCCACAGAAAUAUGCAAAACAGUCCAUCCUUUUCUACUUUAUUUAUUGUUCCCUUGAAGUGACUGACCAGGAAAAAGACCAUCCUUAAAUUUUGAAGCAAGCAAGAGACUUUAUUAAAAAUAAGUAUAUAUCUAUAUAAGCAUAUAUGAUUGUGGCUCUAGUUUUAUAGAGCUCCGAGUAUAUUAAACAGGACAGCCGUUCAUUCAGAAAUAAUCUGGAUUUGCUUUACCUUGUUUCUAUUAUCCAGAGGACAAAGUACAAAUUGCUUCAUGACCUUCUCCCUUAUGUAACACCUCCUGCGGGUGUUUACUUUGCAUGGCUGUUCAGGAAGGUAUUAAGGGCUUAGGCCACAUCUUACUUUGAGUAUGUAAAAAAAAAAAAAAAAUGCUGCUGGCUUUUCUGAAGACAGGCAUUUGGACCUGUCAAUUUGUUUUAAAUAAAUACAAUAGUUGAAAAUUUUCCCUCUUUGCUACAUCACUAACAAAGUAAUGAAUGAAACCAUAAAGCACAUGUAAGUCGUACACUAGAUCCAAUGCCAUUUAGUUCAUUCUAGAGAUUGCAAAGAAUUCAUGAAGCAGCAAAGAGGCUUGUUUACAUGUUACUUUGGGAUGCUAGGUAUUUGUGGAGUCAAAAAAUCAGGUACUCAUGUACUUUUGUUUUUAAGUCUGUGAUGUUCUUUAAUUCAGAAUAAAUUGACGCAGUUUGAUACUUAGGAACAUAUAAUAAGGUAAUAUGAAUGAACAUUUUCGCUUUUGCGUUACGAGUUUUGGUUUUAUAAAACCAGAUGGACUGAGGAGUUGUAUAAGCAUUUGAACACUCAGAUUUAUUUUCUAUUAGUGUUCAUAUAUCUUCAUUCCUCUUAAAUUCAUGAAAAUUUUAUGAUCUGAAUUAUACAAGCAUAUUAAAAGAUCUCUUGGUCCCAGCCCCCUUUUUACAUAGAUCAUUAUUUUUGUCCUAAUAACUUUUUAAUUUUUCAUUAUCAAGGGCAUUUGCUGAACUACAAAGAUAUAUAACAAAUUAAAAUCUGGUGUGAAUGUUAUUAAUGCUAUUUUAGCAAACUGGGCUUCCUUGUUAAUAACAAAAAUUUAAAUUUCCAUUUAUAUCAUUUCAAUAUGCAGUGUAAAUUUCGGUAAGAAUUUUUUUAUAACCAUGAACAGACAUCUUAAAAUGUUCUCUGUAACAUAUUUAAGUACAUGUGGAAAAUACUAGUAUACAACUUAAUUUCCCUAAACAGUUUGUUUUGCCAAAAUUUUAUUUUUCUACAUAUUAGAUUGUGUUCUGCACUUCUAUUCAAAGUUCGUAGUAAAGAUGAAAUAAAGGCAGUGAUCCACUACGUUGAAUAGACUCUUUUCCCAAAUCCUAAUCUGACACUGGGCUAUUUUGAAGCAUAAAGAAUUAAAAACAAAUACUAACGUAUAUGACAUCAUGUGAUAGAGGUGACCAGCCUUCAAAAGGGCUACUUAAGUUACACCGUAGAAAGCACCACUACUCAAUUUUGCCAUGACAUGACCGAGGUUGUUGAUGAACACCAUUCAGUGGCAGGGACGGUGUGAGAAUGCCACUUAGCAGACCUGCCUGAAGACGGGAGGCUCUCGGGCUGCUGGUCCCCUCUCCUCACUUCAGGUAAGAACUUACUGUUCGCCCGUGGAGGCCACGCGCAGCCCACACAGACCAAGGCAGCUUCCUGAGGAAGCCUGUUGGGAAGAACCCAGGGCCUCUACCUUUCCACCCCAGUGACAGAAUCCAGGCCUCCAGGCAGGGUCUAUUGUCUUGAUUCGUAUAUUCAGUGGCUGUGAGAGAAACCAAAAUGUGGGCCACCUCUCACCUUCUCGCUUUUCCCAUCCUUGUCCUGUGCUGGGCUAGACAGGCUCACUGUGUCUGAAACGAAGACACAGGCAAGAGAAUGAGGCUCGGAAACAGACUCCUAUUGUUCCUGCAUUUCAGCGACACCCAACUCCCCACCGCCACCACCACCAAAGGAAGCCCAGUGAAUGGGUCACAGGCACAACACAGGCUCAGUCAGACCAGUUGUCCGUCUUCCCAGGAAAGCAGCUUUACGUGGCUUUGGAGUGCUUCCCGGGCAGUUUAAAGCAGAGUUGAGGAAACCUUUUACCACGCCACCUCGUUAACCACCUGCCUGCUGUCUUUAAAACUAGAUGGGCUGAUAGGGGUGAAAACUAGUGAUAAGGGUCAAAAUACCGUUUAGCAACACUGCUUCCGUUAAAAAUGACCCCUGACUGGGAAGUUCAUCUGGACUGGGAACUCUCCAGACUCUGGAUAAUAAACCGUACCUUUGGAUUUCCCAGAGGAAACCCAUAACUGAUGUCCCUUAUGAGGUCCCUGAGCUGGGCGCACGCUCCGCCACAGACUGCUGCUGUGAGGAGUCCUCAUAGGGACUUGCUGGCCAGUUGCGGUUCCUUCUUACCGCCUCCUCCGUAAGCCUGUUAGACUGGAGUCUGGAGGUCUGCUGCACCCUGCGGAUACUGCAGAAGUCCGAAGUCUCCUCACUGAAAUAUGUAGAUGAGAGGAUAAAGGUUGUCUUAAAAACACUCCCCAGUUUUCUCAAUCUCUGAACUUAAAGAGCCAGAUGAGGUAAAAAUGGGGAAUUGGUCUGUCUCCAGGGGAAAACCCAGACCUUAUCAGGAGCCUUCUACUUUUUGAAGCUCCUUUGUACCGUGUAUAUUCCUCACUCCUAGGACAACACAGUUCACUGUUCUGAGCAGUGCAAUGGGUCAGACCAUGGCAUUCAUUAAAAUAAUCCCACGGCCCUUGCCAGAGUAAUCCACUCCUCCUAGUUUUUCUUCCCAAUAAUGCCCGGGCACACACGGUCCAAAAUAGGUUGUAUGGUGAACAUCACAGGAAAUCAAAGAAUAUUCCUCAAAUAAUAGCAAUAUAGUAGCAAAAACGUACGACUCAAAAAGUGGCAUCUCCUGAAUUCCAAAUUCUCCUCCCCAAAUCUCAACUAAGAACACAGAUAAUAGCAUUUAGAAGAAGUAUUUACUGAUACAGUAAGCCCUCUGUGCAUUCUUUCAUCCUUACAACUCUGUAAGAUUGGGGUUUGCCCUCUGUUGUAAUGAUGCUUAUUUUACAGAUAAGAAAAUAUCUUCAUUUUUACGAAGGCCACAUAAGCUAGUUCACAGGCUAUGACUUAACCAUUCGGUUGGGAAAACUUUCCUAAGAAGUUAACGGAAAGCUUUCGGAUUUUCUAGAGUAGCCACUUUCCAAAUCCAGAUUUAUUCUCAAUCCUGAAAAGGGAACUUGUUCACAAGGUGAGGUGCUUCACCAGUCUACCCAUAGCCCAUGUCUGUAAUAUGUUUAGAAGAGAGAAUGCUAUAAACUCGGUUCACAUGCGUGUGAGGGGGGGUAAGCGUCUCAAACUAGCAGUCACAUCCGCAACACACAGCAGUUAAGCGGGACUGCACAGGAAGAAUAAUGGGGCUCUUAGGGUUCGUUCCCAGAAGCAGUAGGUCUCAUUGUGAAUGAGGAGAUGCCAAGAAUCAGAGAACAAAGUACACACCCUCAGAAUCUUAGGAAUGUAUGUCGUGGAGAGGGGACCUAUCCCUUAGUUUAAGGGGAAAAAAGGGAAGGUAACAGCUCCAAAAAUUAGGAUCCGGUAACUGCACUCCUAGGUGUUGGUAAAACUUGUACCUGAUGUUCACAGGAAUCAAAGACUGGAAACAGCCUAAAUGCCCUUCAGUGAAUGGUUAAGUAAACGGACACGAACACAGGGCAAUAGUGUCAGGAGUACAGACCACUCAACUACUUGACGAGAUUCAGAGGGUCUGAAAGGAAUUCUGUCCAACGAAAAGGCCAGUUCUCAAAAGGCUACAUAUUCUCUUCCAUUUACAUAACAUUCUGGAGCAGACGCCAGGACUAGGGACGGUGGUAGAGAGGGCAUGUGGAAGAGUGUGACCCUGCAGGGAUAGCACUGACCAGGGAGUUUGAGCAGUUGGUGGAAUGGUUGUCUUGAGUGUAGCGGCAGUUAAAAAAGAAACCUGCAGGUGGGGCACCCGGGUGGCUCAGUCAAGUCCUGCCUUCAGCUCAAGUCCUGACCCUGGAGUCCUGGGACAGAGCCGCACAUCAGACCCCCUGCUCAGCCAGGAGUCUGGUUCUCCUUCUCCCUCCCCACUCCCCCUCCUGGCUUUCUCUCAAAAUCUUAAAAAAAAAAAAAAAAAAACAAACCUGCAUGUGACAAAAUUACAUAGAACACACAUAAACGAGAGAUGGCAUUUAGAAUUAAAAUCUGAAUAAGAAUCUAUGGCCUAUACCAGUUACCUGGUCUUGAUACUGUACUGUAGACAUCCAGGACCUCUACCUUUUGAAAAAUGAUUUCUACCUUUUUUCCCCCGAACUUCCUAUGAAUCUAUGAUUUCAAAGCAAAAAAAAAAAAAAAAAAGCCUCUUUUAAAGCACUAUGAAAUAUCAGAAGAUAGCUUUAUUACUGAAAGACCAUUUCACAAAAACUACUUUAUAGAGAUUAUUCUUGAACACAUCCAAACCCUUAACCUCCCAUUUGAUUCCUUGGUACCACUGGUAACAACAAACACACAUACACAGUCACACCUCCAGAAAAUAUUAAAAGUCACUGUAAGAGAAAACUGAAAAAGAAAAUUUCAGAUAAAAAAUGUUCAAUACAAAAAACAUUAACACAAUAUACUAAUAUGAAUUAAAUGUAAGUUAACUACAGAUACCAGAAAAAUCCAAAUUAGAAAUUUAGAAACUGGGCAGCCCAGGUGGCUUAGCAGUUUAGUGCUGCCUUCAGCCCAGGAAGUGAUCCUGGAGACCCAGGAUCAAGUCCCGCGCGGGCUCUGGCUCCCUGCAUGAAGCCUGCUUCUCCCUCUACCUGUGUCUCUGCCGCUCUCUAUGUCUCUCAUUAAUAAAUAAAUAAAAUCUUUAAAAAAAAUUUAGAAUCUCAGAACUGGACAAACUAAACAAAAUCUUUGCUGACUGAAAUUGGGAAUAAAAAUGGAAGAAAAACAUCUCAGAAGUGAAGACAAAAUCUGAAGAAGAAAACAAAAAUAAGGGACAUGGAAAACAAAUUGAAAGAGCCAAGAAAAUGAACCAAAGAGAUAAAAAGAAAAAUCAGAGAAAUAAUUUAACAAUCAGGCAAAGAAGAUCUAAUAUACAUAUAACUAAAGUCACGGAAUAUAAGAUGGAACAGUGGUUCUCAAAAGUAGGGUAAGGCAAAUGUGGAAUGAAGGACAGUCUAAUAAGAUAACUGGACUGGCCUCUUCAAAAAGUCCAUGAAUGAUGGGGUAAGAAAAAAAAACAAUGGGAGAACAGCUCUAGAUUUCUUAAAACUAAGGCAGAAAAUCAAAUACAAUAUGUGAUUAACUGGAGCCUGGUUUUUCCAAACUGUAAGGCAUCCUAGGAUAUUUUAGAAAAUAUGAAUAUGGCUGGAUAUUGUAAGAUGAUAUUAAAGAAUUACUGUUAACUUUUUGUUGUGAUAAUGGGUUUAUUUGAAGGAUGUCCUUAUUUUGAGAUAACAUGUGAAGUCUUUAGGGAGGAAGUAUGUUGCCUAUAAUAAAUUUCAAAAGUUUAGAAAUGCACAUACACACACACACACACAUACACCAGUAAAAUAUAGCCCAAGAUUAGCAAUUGAAGAUGGGUAUAUAGAGUCCAGGACUUUCAGUUUUCCUUUUUGUUUGAAAAUAUACAUGAUGACACAGAAACAGCCCACACCCGUGUAGUUCACUGUUAACAACUGUCAAAUCAUUUGGGGGAAACCCACCUAUGCAAUGUACUGUUGAUUUAUCUAAGUGACAUCCAAGACAAUCCUUUUUCUACAACAGUUCUGCAGUGGUGGCAUCCCAGCCUCAAGUAAUACUGUCCUGCCUAUUUAAAACCUCUUACUUUCUAUUUCACCAUUGAGUUCCGUGUUCCUAUCACCAUAUUAGGGCAGAGAAUCUGGGCUUUAUCUGGUGACAAAAUCAGUGCUCCACUUAUGAGACUAUGUCCCAUUAAAAAAAUCACUCCAUUUUCUGUCCUCUCCUGACUUAAGUUUUUUCCUUACACAGGUUGUUUCCAAGAGCCAUCAUUUUACUACUUUAUACCAAGAACCCUCAACAUCCUAACCUAUUUUCACUGCACCUUCUCUGCAAGAUCUCAACUUUGCAUCAGUCCAAUUUGACAAUGCAUUCCCCAAAUGAAACCUCUUCCACAAAGUUCUCUUUUCUUGAUCUCCCAUUCUGAUGUGAUCCAUCCUCCUUAGAAAUCCUACACCACUUUGUACUGCUGGUGUCCUAAAUGUGCAAUAUCUCUGCCUCUGAGCCAGGGAGAGGUCUCUACCACUCUUAACUGUAAUUAUUUCUUUUGUCUUGUCUGUGAAGAAACUUAGAAUUUUGUAUAUUUAAUCUGUCAAAUGGUCACAUUAAAGGAACUGAGGAAACAGCUAUAGAACAGUUAUGGUUUAUGUAUUAACUUUGUAAUUUGAUGAAAAGGCAAUGUUUCUUAGAUAUUUCAUGUGCUUUCUUCUCUGAAAAAUUCUCAGUUCUUGUCACUGAAACCUGUGAGCAACUGGGCAGCUUCUGUCUGUAUCUAAAAUGGAAAAAUACAUGUUAUAAAUAAACAGUACAGCACUGAUA